UAAGAUAGAUAGAUAGAUAGAUACUUUAUUGAUCCCGAAGGAAAUUCCAGAUAUCCAGCAGCAACAGAGACAGUAUUCCAGAUGUCCAGCAGAAGUACAGACAGUAUUCCAGAUAUCCAGCAGAAGUAGAGACAGUAUUCCAGAUAUCCAGCAGCAACAGAGACAGUAUUCCAGAUAUCCAGCAGCAACAGAGACAGUAUUCCAGAUGUCCAGCAGCAACAGAGACAGUAUUCCAGAUGUCCAGCAGAAGUAGAGACAGUAUUCCAGAUAUCCAGCAGCAACAGAGACAGUAUUCCAGAUAUCCAGCAGCAACAGAGACAGUAUUCCAGAUGUCCAGCAGAAGUAGAGACAGUAUUCCAGAUAUCCAGCAGCAACAGAGACAGUAUUCCAGAUAUCCAGCAGCAACAGAGACAGUAUUCCGGAUAUCCAGCAGCAACAGAGACAGUAUUCCGGAUAUCCAGCACCAACAGAGACAGUAUUCCGGAUAUCCAGCAGCAAUAGAGACAGUAUUCCAGAUAUCAAGCAGCAGUAGAGACAGUAUUCCGGACAUCCAGCAGCAAUAGAGACAAUAUUCCGGAUAUCCAGCAGCAGUAGAGACACUUGGUGAAAUCCAGAACGACUGGCUGCGGGAGUUCUACAUGACUGUGGACACUUGCAAGCCCCGCUUCGUCGCCCUGCACUUCCAGGAAGUCGGAGGGAAGGACUACAAAGCCAACAUGGCCCAUGCUGAAAAUUUCUUCUGGACCAUUGAGUCCAGCUCGGAGAUGUCAGACUUUGACCGAGCAUGUGUCUACAUAGACAGCGACUUCAAGACAGAAGACAAUUUCACGGCCCUCGGAAGUAUCUACUUCAUCCACAAAUCUCUGGAAAACAUCCAGCAAUACGAUUUCAGUGCAAAGGAGUUCAGAUCGGUGUCAGGACGCAACAGGUACGCCGGCUCGCUGUACGGAGUCACAACGGUGGAGAAGGAGAAAUUCCAGAGGGACUUUUGGCCAGAUAGAAAGUGGUCAAGAAAAGGAUACAUGAGGACACGGUGGAUGAUUCACAACCAGGGUGUGGACUUGGUGAACGUGCACCUUUUUCAUGACGCUUCAAACCUCGUAGCCUGCAAAUCCAGUCCCUCGGUGUACUCCACAUACCGACAGAAAGCUCUCCGCUACGUCAUCAGCAGGAUAUCCGACGACUUCAGCCCACUGCCGUUCUUCCUGUUUGGAGAUUUUAACUUCCGCAUUGAUACACUAAGUCUGAUACAGGACCUCUCCACGUCAGCAGAAGUGCAGAUGGUGAUGAAGGACAGCACUAACGAAGUGGAGAAAAUCAUCUACGAGGAGAAAGGCAACGACCACAAGCAGGUGCUAUUUCAAAUAGAGACUAAGCGGUUUUUAUACCUGCACCACAAACUCUUCCGAGAGGACACAGGACGAGAGCUCCUGGAGUACGACAGGGAGACGGCGGCCUUCCGAGACAUCGUCACAGAAGAGGAGAUUCUGUUUCCUCCCAGUUACCCCUACAGUGAAGAAUACACUAAACCCACGCAGUACAUGAACACGCGGUGUCCAUCCUGGUGUGAUCGCAUCCUCAUGUCUCACAGCGCACAGAACAUCAUCUACAGGAGCAACAAUGGAGACAGCAAUGUUGUGUACAACAUCCUGGGUCAGAAGGUCUGCAUGGGGGACCACAAGCCUGUCUUCUUGUUCUUUGCACUGAAAUCCAAUGUUUAGUGAGGUAGAACGUGGAGCCGUUAAAGGGUUUGCUGGCGUGCGUUCGAGAAAAAGAAGAAGAAGAAGAAGAUGAUUUAAGGAUGGCUGUUCUUCUGCUACAAUUACUGCUACAACCUUCGUAGACCUCAAAUAGCACACAAAAGGAGGCGUAAUUCUUAAAGAGAAAUGAAUCCAACAAACCCUAGUGGAAAGUCUAGUUUUACAGUUCUCAAGAGAUCUGAUUUCCUCUCAGUUUUCGAAAACCCUACAGUCUGGGAAUGCAUGCUAAUCCAUUUUUGUUUUUUUUAAACUUUAUAUUACUACCAUGCUCGAUACAAGCUAACUCCAGCCAUAUAUCAUACACUGCUGAACUGCACAAGCUGCUCAGUCAACAGUUCUCACAUUCCACUCACAUUCUGAUCUUAAAUAUACGUUUGUUAAGGAUCUAAACCUUUGUGUAGUAUGUGUUAGGUGUCGCUGACGCUUUCGCCGCGGCCCCCUCAAGCUUCUCCGUCUCUCGGCGGUGCUGUAAGUCAGAGAUCCUCGGAUCGAUAGAAUACGAACGCGGUGAUCGCCGAGGGACGGAUUUCAAAACCAUCAGCGCUGUGUGAAAUAUGGAAAUCCGUCCCGGAGCGGCGAAGCUCACAGACUUUUAAUUACCGCUUCAGGUUUUUUUUUUUUUUUUUUUUUUAGCUACAACCGCUAUCACGGAACGACACCAGAUAAAGCUUAAGGUACAUUCCGUACCGUUUGAGGUAAUGUAAGGUUAAUUUUUGGUUGGGGUUGAGGGAUGUAGACGGUCAGUAAAACAAAAUACACAACUUUUCGUACUGUGAGGAGACCUUCGUGGUCUCAAGGGCUUUUCACACUUGUAAUUUAGAAGCUUGGUUAGCACCGAACAAAGCGUUGUUGAAUUUUAAAGGCUAGCUUAGGAACAGACACUCAUUUAGAAAUUGUACAACGCGUACCUCGUAUCACGUGAGAAGAAAAAAAAAACGGCUAGGUAGCCAAACACUGAGGGGGUUAAUUCCUGAAAGUUAGCAGUCAACUAAAAAAAAGAUUGAAUAAACUGUGAAUAGCAGAGCUUGUCAGAUUUUGGCCUCAGCGAGGUGAAAGCGCGAGACUAGCCGUUAUUUACAGUGGACACUUUUGCUUGUUAAUAUGCAAAUUAUUUAUUUCCAGUGUGAAGAUUUUGAACCGCCAGGAUUAACUGAUAACCCGGGAUAAAAUGUGACUAAUGUGAAACCUGAAGGAAAAUGCCAUUUACCAACGUAUUCCAAGUGUGAAAAGCCCGCUAGUUAUCUUUUAUUUUCCCGCUAACAAGCCAGGUCCAUUACCAAUUCUGGUACUGCUUCAUCGUCAUGCUGCUAGAAAUGGCUCCCAGCAUGCUUAAUACUGAUUUUCCUUCCUAAACUCAACUUUCUGUUCUGAAUAAUCAGGUUGCAAGGCAAGCUUCGUGUCCAGCGCUGUCCUACUAUUCCCUGUAUGAAACACAACCAUGCAACAUACUUUUAGUUGCAUUAGAUUGAUCUGUGAAUGGUUUUGCAUUUAUUCCUUUAUAUUUGACUUUGUGUUUGAUUAGUUUCUGUAUCCUGUUUAUAUCACAGUGGGUGGUUGUUGUUUUUAACUGUUUUUAUGAAUUUUAAUUAAGACACUGUUUGGAGUUUAGUGGCCUAAUCACACAGCGAGGCGCGUCGCAGAUCGUUAAGCUCAUAGUGUCGUACAGUGGACGUUUUUUUUUUUUUUAGAUUCCGAGACCACUAAUUAUCAAUAUUCAUUAGCUGCCAUUUUUUUUUUUUUUUUUAAAAAGGCCGUUAUUUCAAUCCGACUAGGAUUCGAUCUAGCUGUGUAAUCUAAAUACCCCCCCCACACCCACACCCACACACACACACACACACACACACGAACCUGUGAUUUUUUUUCUUUCUUUCCGGAAUCAGCUCGAUAAUUUACGUGCGAGGGUUAAAUUGCACGGCCCAUUUGUCAAUAAUGGACUUGUUGGAGUUGAUCCAUGAUGGUGCUUGACAUAAUGCAUUGCUCUCGAGAGCUUUGCUCCAAGCUAAAGGUUCAAUACGAGGCUGUGAUGUUGCUCAAUGAGAAGCACUGAUGUUCCUUUUGGCAUUUGUGAUUUUAUAAAUGAGAUCGAAACACUACUCUUUACUGUAAUUUAUAUCUUUUGUACGUUGUAAGGGGCACUGAUCGUAGCUGGGAGUCUCUUCGGGCUCGUGUAGCCGCUGAUGUUUGCACUUAUUGGGGAUGUGAUUUUAUUUUUAAAAGGAGAUUGAUUUAGGACCACUAAGAAUAUUAUUGCGUUUUGUUUUUAGAAUGUUUGUUCGACUUGUUUCGUUAUUUGAUCAUAACCAGGUUUGAUUAUCUAUCUAUCUAUCUAUCUAUCUAUCUAUCUAUCUAUCUAUCUAUCUAUCUAUCUAUCUAUCUAUCUAUCUAUCUAUCUAUCUAUCCACUCGCUGAGCACUUUAUUAGGAACACUAUACUAAUCCUGGGUAGAGUCACCCAUUGGUCCUCCAAACAGCUUGUGCGGUCUUGCUAGAUGCUUUUCUGCUCAACACAAUUGUACAGAGUGAUUAUCUGAGUGACUGUAUCCUUUCUGCCAGCUCGAACCAGUCUCUCUAAACAGCAAGGCAUUUCCAUGAUGGUUUUCUACUUUAUUGCACCAUUCUGAGUAAAGACUAGACUGCUGUGUGUGAAAAUCCCAAGAAAUCUUACAGAAAUACUCCUCCAACGCCGUCUGCCACCAACAGUCAUGACACUGAGAUCCCCCGAUUGUGAUUGGUGAUGUAAACAUUACCCGAAGCUCCUCGCCCGUAUCUGCAUGAUUUUAAGCAUUGCAUUGCUGCCACGUGAUUCUCUGAUUAGAUAAUUGCGUAAAUACAUACACAUGUACAGGUGUUCCUAAUAAAGUGCUCCGUGAGUGUAUGGCGAUAUCAUAAAUGUCAUAUUGGUAUGCCUUACUUUUGAUACACCCCUUUGAAAGAUGAAGAGGUUGAAGCCUCUUUCUUAGCGACGCAAGUGAAAUCGAGUCCAACUGUUAUGAUACCUGCACUUCCGCCUUUAUCAUAUCUUUAAAAUCUCAUAGUGUUCCUCUUCUACUACGAAUUUUUAUAACCGCCACAAUUCACAUGAACUUUCCCCACCGCAUAAGAUGCCCAAAGCUAUACAGACGCUCAUGUGGCUUUGCUCCCAAAAACAAAUGAGCACUUAACCUCCUCGAGGUGAAAUGGGGCCAAGUGAUUUAUUUUAUUUUAUUUAUUUAUUUAUUUUUCUCUCCCUCUCAUUUUAUUUUGUUUUAUUUUGUCCAGACAGACGGAUGAGGCAUGUAAAAGAGGAAAACCGGUUAGAUCCUGACUCCUCGUAGUCAUUAACACGUUCGAGGAGAUUAAUAGUGUUGUGAUUUCGGCAGCUUUCGGGUUUCUGCUGAUUGCCAAGGGGGAACGCUGUCAAUAGAAGGAGCGGUGAUCUCACCUUAACAAUUCCUAAAAUCAGCAAUCAAUUUUACUUAACGCAUUAUCACAUGUAUGAGUUCAUGACUCGCACACAGCUUGUGCCAAAUGUGUCAUAUAAAUGUAUAACUUUUUUUUUUUUUCCUUUUGGAAUUUCCUGUUUGUUAUAUUUAUCAAAAAAAAAAAUAUCAGGAAGCAGUUAUCAGACUGCGUUUGUACCUCUCAAGCAGCCGAAUGUCACGUUGCUGUUGGCAUUAAAACCUAACGUGAAUGUUUCAUUUUCAAAUGCUAUGUAAACCUAAACCUUAUACAUUUGAAUCCUCUAUAAAGUCUAUCUAUAAAUCAUG